AUGCUGACUUUCAGCAUGAUAAGGAUAGAGAGUGAAGAAGAAAGCAGUGAAGUUGGGAUGAUAGGCCGUCAGGAGAAAAAAGUGGAGGUUUGUAAACUCCAACCAACUGUGGGUGGUCCACCAAAACUAAUCCUGACCAAACCUGUGUGCACAAAUAGUGGAAGUUAUGGCACAAUGCCUUACAAUUAUGGAUAUUCUUUCAACAUUAAGAAUCCUACUCCUAUCUUCCAUACUGAAAUUGAUGGUUUAACUCGAAGUGGUCGGUGUUUUACACCAGAAGAAUUGGAGAGGCAGAGAAAAGCUAAAGGAAAAGAAAUAGUUGAUGCUUUUAAAGGUAUGGAAGUGAACAAACCUAUAAGUGAAGAUGAGUCUAAUGAAUUUCUGAAGUUGAUGAAGCAUAGUGAGUAUAGUGUGGUAGAUCAGUUGAAGAAAACUCCUGCUAGAAUCUCUUUAAUGUCACUUAUCCUGAGUUCUGAAUUACACCGUAAAGCAUUACAAAAGGUGUUGAAUGAAGCAUAUGUGCCCCAAGAUAUUACUCAGGAUACAAUGGAACAUUUGGUGGGAAGAAUUCAAGCCUCUAAUUACUUAUACUUCACUGAAGAUGAGCUAGACCCGAAAGGGACUGGGCAUAACAAGCCUUUGUACAUCACCGUGAAAUGUAAGGACUGUCUGAUCGGCAAAGUGCUUGUGGAUAAUGGUUCAGCUCUGAAUGUGCUACCAAGGCAUAUGCUAGAUGAGAUGCCAAUUGAUGCUACUUAUAUGAGGCCAAGCACUAUGACAGCUAGAGCAUAUGAUGGUUCCCCUAGACAGGUAAUAGGGACCAUUGACAUUGAAUUGUUUGUAGGGCCUCAGAUGUUUUUGGUAACCCUACAAGUAAUGGAUAUACAUCCUUCAUAUAGCAUGUUAUUGGGAAGACCAUGGAUACACGCUUCUGGGGCUGUGACAUCAUCUCUACACCAAUGUCUGAAGUACAUCAUCAAUGGUACUUUAGUGAAAGUUAAGGCAGAAGAAACUUUGUCCAUGAUAAGGAAUGUGUUAGUCCCUUAUAUUGAAGCAGAAGAUUACAAAGAUGGAAAUCUCCAUGCCUUCGAGAUUGUAAACACUGAAUGGGUACCAGAGAAUACGAGGUUUGGGCUUGGUUUUAAGCCUAAGAAAGAUGAUUACAAGAGAACUGCUAGGAUUAAGCGAGAAAGAAGGUUGGCUAGAAUGGAAGGAAGAAAGCCAGAAGAAGAAGACAUUGUAAUCCCACCCAUCCAUGUUUCUUUCCCAAAGUCAGCAUAUAUAAUGAAACCUGAAAACAUGAUAGAAGUCUUGGGACAGAAACUUGCCGUCAUGGAUAUCAACAAUGUAGACGAAGGUGAAGGAAAAGGCUGGAAUUCUAAUGAUGAGCCGAAAACAACAAAAGAAGAUGAGUUGUUACCUCAGUUAACUGUCCACUCUCUAGAAGAGGCUCCAACCAAUACCUUUGUGCGAAAGCUUUCAGUUGAUGAAGUAUUCCAGAAUUGGGAGAUUGAAGAAGCCCCAGUUGUUUUCAAGAAGAAUCCUGAAAGUGAAUCCUCCAUAAAUCCACAAACAUAUUGCAUUGAAAAUGAAUGGCCAAACUUUGAUAAGGAUGUGAUUGCAAUGGAUGAAGAGGAAUGGAAUGAAGAUGAUAUGAAAGAGUUUACUAGACGGGUAGAACAGUCUGAGCAUGCUUGGAAACCUGCAAAAGAAGAAUUAGAGGUGAUAAAUGUAGGCACAGAGCAAGAUAAAAGAGAGCUAAAGAUUGGAACUCUGAUUACCACAGAAGAAAGAUGUAGUUUAAUAGUACUACUACAAGAGUAUACGGAUGUGUUUGCCUGGUCUUAUGCAGAUAUGCCUGGUCUAGACAUUGAUAUUGUAAAAUUGAGAAGAACUCGCCCGGAUAUUCUACUCAAGGUCAAAGCAGAGAUAGAGAAGCAGUGGGAUGCCGGUUUUCUAGAAGUUAUUAAAUACCCUAAAUGGGUAUCUAACAUAGUGGUAGUCCCAAAAAAGGAUGACAAAAUCAGAGUAUGUGUAGACUUCAGGGAUCUAAACAAAGCUAGUCCCAAGGAUGAUUUUCCUUUGUCUCACAUAGACGUUCUGGUGGACAAUGCUGCUAAGAGUUCAACUUAUUCCUUCAUGGACGGAUUCUCCGGGUAUAACCAGAUUAAAAUGGCUGAAGAAGAUAAAGAGAAGACCACUUUUGUCACACCAUGGGGAACAUUUUGCUACAAAGUGAUGCCAUUCAGGUUAAAGAAUGUUGGAGCCACAUAUCAAAGGGCAAUAGUGACACUUUUCCAUGAUAUGAUGCAUAAAGAGAUUGAAGUGUAUGUGGAUGAUAUGAUUGCCAAGUCUAAGAAUGGAGAAGAUCAUGUUCAGGUUCUAAGAAAAUUAUUUGAUAGACUAAGGAAGUAUCAGUUGAAGCUGAAUCCUGCAAAAUGCUCAUUUGGGGUAAAGUCUGGAAAGUUGCUGGGAUUUGUGAUAAGCAAUAAAGAAAUAGAGGUCGAUCCUGAUAAAGUGAAAGCAAUUCAGGCUAUGACAAUUCCUAAAACUGAGAAAGAAGUAAGAGGCUUCUUAGGACGUUUGAACUACAUCGCUCGAUUCAUAUCUCAGUUAACAACAACAUGUGAGCCAAUCUUUCGAUUACUUCGAAAAAAGAAUCCUGGUACAUGGGACAAAGACUGUCAAGAGGCUUUUGACAAAAUAAAGCAAUACUUACAGAAUCCACCUUUGUUAGUGCCACCUGUGCUUGAAAGACCUUUGAUCUUGUAUUUGACAGUAACCGAGGUAGCAAUGGGUUGUGUGUUAGGACAACAUGAUGAGUCUGGAAGAAAGGAGCAAGCUAUCUAUUAUCUGAGUAAGAAGUUUACCGAUUGUGAAUCCAGAUAUACUAUGACUGAGAAGCUAUGUUAUGCCCUUGUGUGGAGUACGAAGCGUCUUCGACAAUAUAUGUUGUAUUAUACCACCUGGUUGAUCUCAAAAAUGGAUCCGCUUAAGUACAUCUUUGAGAAACCUUACUUGUCAAGCCGAAUAGCAAGGUGGCAAGUAAUGUUGGCAAAGUAUGACAUUGUAUACAAGACAAGAACAUCUGUAAAGGGAAGUGUAAUUGCUGAUCAUUUAGCAGAUAAUGCUAUCAAAGAUUAUGAGCCUUUGAAAUUUGACUUCCCGGAUGAGGAUGUGUUGAUAGUCGAAGAAGACAAAGAGAAGAAUGAUUGGUGGAUCAUGUAUUUUGAUGGGGCAGUGAAUGUAUCUGGCAAUGGAGCAGGGGCUGUGAUAAUCUCACCUGAUAAGAAGCAAUAUCCCAUCUCAAUCAAGCUACAAUUUGAAUGUACUAACAAUACUGCUGAAUAUGAGGCUUGUAUCCUUGGCUUAGAAGCUGCUUUAGAGAUGAAGAUAAAGAAGCUUGAUGUCUACGGGGAUUCAAUGUUAAUAAUCUGUCAAGUGAAAGGCGAAUGGCAGACCAAAGAAGAAAAAUUGAUACCCUAUCAACAAUAUCUCUCAAAACUGACUGAGGGCUUUGAUGAGAUAGAUUUUACCCAUAUGGGAAGAGACAAAAACCAGUUUGCUGAUGCUUUGGCAACCUUAGCUUCUAUGGCCAAAACUGAUUACGGCAUCAGGGUACAACCAAUCUGCAUUGAGAUUAGAAAUUUUCCAGUUCAUUGUUGUUCAAUUGAAGGAGAAGUAGAUGGGAACCCAUGGUUUUAUGACAUCAAGCGGUUUAUCCAAUAUCAAGAGUAUCCCUUGGGGGCAUCUAAAGCAGAUAUGAAGACCUUGAGAUGGUUAGCCAUGGAAUUUUACCUGGAUGGAGAAAUUCUAUAUAAAAGAUCAUUCAAUGAGACUUUACUAAGAUGUCUAGAUGAAAUCGAAGCUAAGGUAGCAUUGCAAGAAAUUCAUGAAGGAAUUUGUGCAACUCAUGCAAGUGGGCAUAUGAUGGCCAGACAACUGCAACGAUCUGGAUACUUCUGGAUGAGCACGGAGAAAGAUUGCAUUGAUUAUGUAAGAAAAUGCCAUAAAUGUCAGGUGUAUAGUGAUAAGAUAAAUGCACCUCCAGCUCCUUUGUUCAAUAUGACAUCACCAUGGCCAUUUGCAAUGUGGGGAAUAGAUGUGAUUGGCCCAAUCAACCCAAAAGCCAGUAAUAGGCAUCAAUUUAUCUUAGUAGCCAUUGAUUAUUUCACAAAGUGGGUGGAGGCCAGCUCUUAUGCUCAUGUAACUCAAAAGGUGGUCAAGUGUUUCAUUGAGAAAGAUUUGAUUUGUCGGUAUGGUUCACCGGAGAAGAUAGUGACCGACAACGCCCAAAAUUUUAAUGGGAAAAUAAUCACAGAAUUGUGUGUGAAAUGGAAAAUUAAACACUCAAACUCGUCUCCUUACAGACCGAAGAUGAAUGGUGCUGUCGAAGCUGCAAACAAGAAUAUCAAGAAGAUUAUCCAGAAGAUGGUAGUCACUUAUAAGGAUUGGCAUGAGAUGCUUCCCUUUGCUCUACAUGCGUAUCGCACAGCAGUAAGGACAUCUACUGGAGCUACACCUUACUCAUUAGUAUUUGGGAUGGAAGCGGUGAUGCCUUUGGAAGUAGAAAUUCCAUCUUUGAGAGUACUAAUAGAAUCUGAACUAGAAGAAGCUGAAUGGGCUAAAGUGAGAUACGAGCAGCUAAACAUGAUAAGUGAGAAGAGGUUGGCUGCAAUUUGUCAUCACCAGUUAUACCAAAGAAGGAUGGCCAAAGCAUAUGACCGGAAAGUCCGACCAAGGGAAUUCAAAGAAGGGGAUCUUGUACUAAGAAAAAUCUUACCAUUACCAAGUGAGGAUAGAAGCAAGUGGGCACCAAACUAUGAAGGCCCGCUAGCAGUUGGACCUAACACCAUUGAGUCCUGCACGGCAGCUGAACGCAAAGACCCAAUAGAACUUUUUGGGUAA